AUGGGCGUCGAAAACCUCCCCAAGAAGAUGAAGGCCAUCCAGGUCGUCGAGUUCAACAAACCCUACCAAAUCAACGAAGUCAAGGUUCCCACGGAGCUCCAACCGCCUGACAUCCUCGUCAAGGUCGCUGUAGCCUCCAACUGCCAUACCGAUGGCAUGGUUCAACAAGGCGUCAUGAGCGGCCCCCUCCCCCAAAUCGCCUCCCACGAAGGCGCCGGCACCAUCGUCGCCCUGGGCUCCCUCGCCGCCGAACGCGGUUUCAAAGAAGGCAUGCGCGUCAUGUGCGGCAUCCCACUCCACCCCUGCGGCCAAUGCCACGACUGUCUGGGCCCGGAAUCUAGACGCCAGUACUGUGGGAACAUUGAUGGACAUAUUGGUGUCACGACGGAUGGGUGUUUCGCGGAGUAUGUGAGGGCGGAUUCGGCAAGCAGUACGCCCUUACCGGAUGAGGUGACGUUUAUGAGUGCGGCGCCUUUGGCUUGUGCGGGUAGGACGGUUUGGAGAGGGGUGUUGCAGACGGGGUUGAAGAGCGGGGAAUGGGUGUGUUUGGUGGGGAGUGGAGGUGGGUUGGGACAUUUAGGCAUACAGUUCGCCAAAGCCCUCGGCCUCAAAGUCAUUGGCAUCGACGCUCGCGACGAAGGCCUCGAACUCAGCAAACACUACGGCGCCGACGUCGUCAUCGACGCCCGCAAGGGAAAAGACGAAGUCGUCAAACAGGUCCAAGAAGUUACUGGUGGCGAUGGCGCGGACUCCUCUGUCGUCCUCUCCGACCACAAAGACGCCACCUCCAUCGCCUGCGGCUGCACAAAGAUGCACGGUGUAGCGGUACAAAUCGCGCAGCCGGACGACAUUAUCAUCCCGUUCAAAGAGAUUAUCUUCCGGGAUAUCAAGAUUCAUGGGAGUUUGGUGUGUAGUCAGGAGGAGAGCAAGAGUAUGUUGGAGACGAUUGCGAAGCAUGGAAUUACUGUGACGACGAAUCCGUUUAAAGGGUUGGACAAGAUUGAGGAGUUGGUGGAGAUGGUGCAUGGUGGAAAGAUUAAGGGCAAGGCGGCGAUUAUCAUCGAUCAGGCGCAGGUGGACCAUGAGAAGACAAUUGGGGCGAAGUAUUAG